UGUAAGAGCCUGCGGGUCACGUGACGUGACGUGCGGCCAACAUGGCGACGCAGUGCUGAGAUAGCAGCGUCCAACUGGCCCCGCUUGAACCAGCGACAACAUCGGCCCGCUCCUGGUAACCUCACACCCCUGCCAAACCGCAGGGAACGGGCCAGCGAUGACGGCCUGACGGACUACUUUAACACGUCAACCGAGAGAUGAAAGAGCAGGAAGAGCUGGAAACCCAUCGACGGCAUACGCAGACAGAAAGCCUGAGCACCAAGAGCAUGUUUCUGUCUCGAGCGCUGGAGAAAAUCCUCGCGGAUAAGGAGGUGAAGCGGAGCCAACACAGCCAGCUGCGCAAGGCCUGUCAAGUGGCGCUGGAUGAAAUCAAGCAUGAACUGGAAAAGCAGAAGGAUGGCACUAUUGUUCCUCCCAGAGCUAACUACAUUGAGGCUGACAAGUACGUCCUGCCUUUCGAGCUGGCAUGUCAGUCCAAGUCUCCUCGUAUUGUCAGUACGUCUCUCGACUGCUUACAGAAACUCAUUGCGUAUGGGCACGUCACAGGGAACGCCCCUGACAGCGGAGCUCCAGGAAAACGGCUAAUUGACCGGCUGGUGGAGACCAUCUGUAACUGCUUUCAGGGACCCCAGACUGAUGAGGGGGUACAGCUACAGAUCAUUAAGGCUCUGCUGACUGCUGUGACAUCACCACACAUAGAGAUUCACGAGGGAACGAUUCUCCUCACUGUCCGCACCUGCUACAACAUCUACCUGGCCAGCCGCAACCUGAUCAACCAGACCACAGCCAAGGCCACUCUCACACAGAUGCUCAAUGUCAUCUUCACCCGUAUGGAGAACCAGGCGGCUCUGGAAGCUCAGGAAGCAGAGAAGGACAGACAAUGUCUGCAGCUGCACAAUCCUUCUCCAGUAUCCAGUAACCCUUCUCCUGUAGCCCAGAAUCCUUCCCCAACUCCUGGUCGGGGGUCUGGGUCACCAUGGCUCGGACAAGCCCGCUCCGAACAGAACGGACCCCCAUCCCCCUCACUCAGCCCCCCUGGGGUCCCCUCCACUCCUUCCACCCCCCAAGACUCAUCCUCCAUCAAUGGCCAGCCAGAAGAGUCCAAGUCAGAGGAGGAGUUUGCUACUGAUAAACGGAGCACAAAGGAAAUUGAACAGCCAGAAGAAGAGAUUCAGGAGUCAAACCAGACGACUUCAUCAGUGGCAAGAGAUGUUGAGGGAGAGGAGGUCCAUCUACAGCCUGAGACAGAAGCAGGCACUGAGUUUCAGGAAGAGACUGAGCCGGACAGUGGAUUGGGAGAUAGCUCUGUGGAAGGAGGCUUAGAGCAACAUUCUGACUCCGAAACCAAAGUGCCGCCCCCUGUUGUUCGAGUCGACACACAGCAGAUGAACGGAAUGGUGGAUGACCGUGGCUCAGAGUCCUCCAUAGACAUUCUGGAUGCAGAAACCAUUCAGGGCAAUCAGACAGCUGCACGCUUUUCGCACAUCCUACAGAAAGAUGCCUUCCUUGUAUUCCGCUCCCUCUGCAAGCUUUCCAUGAAGCCCCUGGCUGAUGGACCACCCGACCCAAAGUCCCAUGAGUUGCGCUCUAAGGUGGUUUCCUUGCAGCUGUUGCUAUCAGUGCUGCAGGGUGCUGGACCUGUGUUCCGAACCCAUGAGAUGUUUGUGAAUGCCAUCAAACAGUACCUGUGUGUGGCGCUCUCCAAAAACGGGGUCUCCUCUGUGCCUGAAGUAUUUGAGCUGUCUCUUGCCAUCUUCCUUACCCUGCUCUCCCACUUCAAAGUGCACCUUAAGAUGCAGAUUGAGGUGUUCUUCAGGGAGAUCUUUCUAACAAUCCUGGAGACGACAUCCAGCUCCUUUGAGCAUAAGUGGAUGGUCAUUCAGACUCUAACGCGAAUAUGUGCGGAUGCACAAUGUGUGGUGGACAUUUAUGUGAACUAUGACUGUGAUCUCAACGCUGCCAACAUUUAUGAGCGGCUGGUAAAUGACCUGUCUAAAAUCGCCCAGGGAAGGAGUGGACAGGAGCUGGGCAUGACUCCAUUACAGGAGCUGAGUUUGAGAAAGAAAGGGCUGGAGUGUCUGGUGUCCAUUUUGAAGUGCAUGGUGGAAUGGAGCAGAGACAUGUACAUCAACCCCAAUCUGCAGGCCAACCUUGGUCAGGAACGUCCAGCAGAGGGUGACAGUGCGGAUGGGAAGCUCCAGGAGCAUCUUUCCUCUCGCAGAGAUAGUGUGAGCUCUAUGGACUCCACUGUGUCAUCUGGAGUUCAGCAGUCUCAGCCAGAUCACCCUGAGCAGUAUGAGGUCAUCAAGCAGCAGAAAGAGAUCAUUGAGCAUGGCAUUGAGCUAUUUAACAAGAAACCAAAAAGGGGGCUGCAAUACCUGCAGGAGCAAGGCAUGCUGGGCACCUCACCAGAGGAUAUCGCACAGUUCCUGCAACAGGAGGAGCGACUGGACACGACUCAAGUUGGUGAGUUCCUGGGAGAGAAUGUGAAGUUUAAUAAAGAGGCGAUGUACUGCUACGUGGACCGGCUGGACUUUUGUGGCAAAGACUUUGUGUCAGCUCUCCGUGCCUUCCUGGAAGGCUUCAGGCUUCCGGGUGAAGCCCAGAAAAUCGAUAGGCUCAUGGAGAAGUUUGCCGCCCGCUACCUGGAGUGCAAUCAGGGGCAGACUCUGUUUGCCAGCGCAGACACUGCUUACGUUCUGGCCUACUCCAUCAUCAUGUUAACCACCGACCUACACAGUCCACAGGUGAAGAACAAGAUGACGAAGGAGCAGUACAUAAAAAUGAACCGUGGUAUUAAUGACAGUAAAGACCUGCCCAUGGAGUAUCUCUCCUCCAUCUACGAUGAAAUUGCAGGCAAGAAGAUUGCCAUGAAAGAGAGCAAAGAAUACUCCAUCACUCCCAAAUCUAGUAAACCGAAUGUAGCCAAUGAGAAGCAGAGAAGGCUGCUGUAUAACAUGGAGAUGGAGCAGAUGGCCAAAACGGCUAAAGCUCUGAUGGAGGCUGUAAGUCACGCUCAGGCUCCCUUCUUCAGUGCCACUCACCUAGAGCACGUCCGGCCAAUGUUCAAGCUGGCCUGGACUCCUCUGUUGGCGGCGUUCAGUGUAGGACUCCAGGAUUGUGACGAUCAGGAUGUGGCAUCUCUUUGUCUGGAGGGGAUCCGAUGUGCUAUCAGGAUCGCCUGCAUCUUCAACAUGCAGUUGGAGAGAGAUGCCUACAUCCAGGCCUUGGCCCGGUUUACGCUGCUAACAGCCAGCUCAAGUAUCACAGAGAUGAAGCAGAAGAACAUUGACACCAUAAAGACUCUCAUCAUGGUCGCCCACACCGAUGGAAACUACUUGGGCAACUCCUGGCAUGAGAUUCUGAGGUGUAUCAGUCAGCUGGAGUUGGCCCAGUUGAUUGGGACAGGGGUGAAGACGCGUUAUAUCUCCGGUGUGGUCCGGGACCAGGGAGGCAGCAUAAAGGGCUUCCCAUCAGGGGGAGAGGAAUUCAUGCCCCUCGGCUUAGGUACUCUGGUUGGAGGUCCAGACAAGCGUCAGAUGGCUCAUAUCCAGGAGUCAGUGGGGGAGACCAGCUCUCAGAGUGUUGUGGUGGCUGUAGACAGAAUCUUCACUGGAUCCACCAAGCUUGAUGGAAAUGCAAUUGUGGACUUUGUGCGUUGGCUCUGUGCGGUGUCCAUGGAUGAGCUGGCCUCUGCUCACCAGCCGCGCAUGUUCAGUCUGCAGAAGAUAGUGGAGAUCUCCUACUACAACAUGAACCGCAUCCGUUUGCAGUGGUCACGCAUUUGGCAGGUCAUUGGAGAUCACUUCAACAAGGUGGGUUGUAAUCCUAAUGAGGAUGUGGCCAUCUUUGCUGUGGACUCCCUGAGACAACUUUCUAUGAAGUUUCUGGAGAAAGGAGAACUGGCCAAUUUCCGCUUCCAGAAGGACUUUUUAAGGCCAUUUGAACACAUCAUGAAGAAGAACAGGUCGCCUACUAUCCGGGACAUGGUGAUACGUUGUGUGGCCCAGAUGGUGAACUCCCAGGCUGCUAAUAUUCGCUCUGGCUGGAAGAACAUCUUCUCUGUGUUCCAUCAAGCAGCAUCAGAUCAUGAUGAGAACAUUGUGGACCUCGCGUUUCAAACCACAGGACACAUUGUUAUGAAUACAUUUCAGCAGCACUUUGCUGCAGCCAUCGACUCUUUCCAGGAUGCAGUCAAAUGUUUGUCAGAGUUUGUAUGUAAUGCUGCAUUUCCUGACACCAGUAUGGAAGCCAUACGGCUCAUCCGCCACUGUGCGAAAUAUGUGUCUGACAGGCCGCAGGCACUGAGGGAAUACACUAGUGAUGACAUGAAUGUGGCCCCUGGUGACCGCGUUUGGGUGCGAGGCUGGUUCCCCAUCCUGUUUGAGCUUUCCUGCAUCAUCAACCGCUGCAAACUAGAUGUCAGGACCAGGGGUCUGACUGUCAUGUUUGAGAUCAUGAAGAGUUACGGACACACCUUUGAGAAGCACUGGUGGCAUGACCUCUUUCGGAUCAUCUUCCGAAUAUUUGACAACAUGAAGCUCCCAGAGCAGCAAACUGAAAAAACAGAAUGGAUGACAACAACAUGUAACCACGCCCUCUACGCUAUCUGCGAUGUGUUCACACAAUUCUAUGAGCCUCUCAGCGAGGUGCUGCUGGCGGAUAUUUUUGCACAGCUGCAGUGGUGUGUGAAACAAGAUAAUGAGCAGCUGGCGCGGUCAGGCACAAACUGUCUGGAGAACCUGGUGAUCCUGAACGGGGAGAAGUUCAGUUCAGAGGUGUGGGACGUCACCUGCGCCUGCAUGCUGGAUAUCUUCCAGACCACCAGCCCUCAUGCCUUGCUGACAUGGCGACCAGCUGGACAGGAAGAGGAGGUGGGAGAAGGGAAACACAUGGAUGUUGAGGUUGAUUCUCAGUCGCAGAGCAGCUUUGAGAGGACUCUUUCAGAGAGAGGACACAGUCAGAUGUCCACCGCCAGUGAUGAAACCUGGAAAGGAAAAUCCCAAACCAGGGUCUCGGACCACAGGCUGUUUGCAGGGCUUCUUAUAAAGUGUGUCGUACAGCUGGAGUUGAUUCAGACCAUAGACAACAUUGUAUUCUACCCGGCUACCAGCAAGAGGGAGGAUGCUGAGAACAUGGCCGCUGCUCAGCGAGAUGCACUUGAGCAAGCAGAAGAGACAGAGGCCGAUCAGGGCAUGUACAGACACCUGUCAUCACAGCACCUCUUCAAACUACUUGACUGCCUCCUUGAGUCCCACAGGUUUGCCAAGGACUUCAACUCCAACAAUGAGCAGAGGACAGCGCUCUGGAGAGCAGGCUUUAAGGGGAAGUCAAAACCGAAUCUUCUGAAGCAGGAGACCAGCAACACCACUGUACAUAUGCUGUAUGGAAGGUAUCGGGACAGUAAUGAUAUGUGUGUGUGUGUUUGAUUUAGAGUGUGUAGUGAAGCCCUGGCUUACUUCAUCAGUCUUACCUCAGAGAGCCACCGGGAAGCCUGGACGAGCCUCCUGCUGCUGCUACUCACCCGGACACUCAGAAUGCCUGAUGACAAAUUCAAGCCUCAUGCCUCCUGCUACUACCACCAUCUGUGUGAGAUGAUGCAGUUUGACCUCAUUCCAGAGCUUCGUGCUGCUUUGCGGCGAUUUUUCCUUCGCAUCGGCUCCGUCUUCCACAUCGCCGCUCCUGAAUUGGGCAAAGCUCAGCGUUCAUCAUCAUAAUGUGGAUCAAAACUGGGAACACAGAUCAGAGAUGAACUGGGAAGAAAGCGGGGCUGUAAAGUGGAUGGAUGGUCUGCGUGUAUAAGCCUCUGCUGUGAUUUGAAGGACCGUACAGGAACGCAGAAUGAUUGCGUGUGACUGUCCCAUACUUUCCUCUGCCAGUCCUGACUCAUUGCUGCCAGUCGCUCCCCUAUGAGAGAACAGCACUGUGACCCAGCAGGGUGACUCUUCUGCUGUGUCAUCUGUCUGUGUUGUUAAGAGUCAUGAGUCAUAUUUGUUUAUUUUUAUUUGGACUUUCUUCUGGAUGGCUACGAAAAUAAUUUAUUACCAGUACUGCUGUAUAUCUGGUUUCUGAUCGUCUGUUGAUUUCAUUGUUUUGGCUUUUGUCCUAUCUGUAAAUUUUUGUCUGUUUUAAAGGCUGAAGAAAGAUAGACAUACAGAAAUGAGAUCAUCCCGUUAUUAAGAGCAUGUAAAUGACACCCAAUGAGCUUGUGCCAUUGAAUAAUGGCAUAUUUGUUAACGAUUUGUUAAGGUCCAAAAAUGCCCGUUAUCAAUGUUCUUUAUUGAUUCAUCAUACAAUUAAACAAUUAUCUCUGAUUUAAAUUCACUCAAGCAACCUACAGAGGUGUUUGCAUUUAAAAUGCUUAUAGUUUGGGGUAAAAGACUUAAAUUUGGUUUCGGUGUGUUCACACUAAACCCCAAAUUGCCCUAAGUAACGGUUGCUUUCAAAGCAUUUAGUGUUUAUUUUACAUGUCGAUGCUUACGCUUGCUAAUCCAGACCAGACAGACACUACCAUUUCUUCUAUGCCACACAUCAUGCUCAUUUGGUUUCCAUCAUAUUCAGAUUUAUUGCUUUUUUUUUUUUUUAAGGGUUUAUUCAUUCUUUUUUUAUUCUUUUUUUGGUUCAUAUGUAUCAUUGAAAUCUUAAGACACCAAAUGAAUAUUUAAUUUUAGUGCACUAAUGUUUGCUUAAUAGAUUUUUUUUAAAACAAUUCAUUUUUCAAGUGUUGUUCACUCUUGAUUUGGAGUCAGACUGAAUCAGUUUAUGGGAUGGAUGCCAGUCACUGAUGAUGACUGGCAUCAGUGUUCAUUACCAUAAAACUAGUGAAGUGGGAGAAAUACAGGAAUACAAAUGUACUGUAUAAUCCAGGUAUAUCUUCAUUAAACCCCAGCAACAUAUGACUUAUUAGUGUAUUACCAGUGUAGAUUCAACUCCCAAUUCAUUUUCAUUAAGGAUGCAUUUCAUUCUUGAAGUGCAUUUAAAUAUUUUCUGAAAAGCAUUCCUUCCCUUGCAACUAUGGAUGUCUACUUUGCUUCCCUUGAGACUGGGAAAUAUAAAUAUAUAUAGUAUAUGAAGAAAUACAAUGUGUAAAGUUUUCAUGUAAAAUAUACAGAAUAAUGUUAAACUGUAUACAUAUUGUGAUGUAAUCUUACAAGCAUUUGGUGAAGUAAUCAAUAAAGUUUGAAAU